AUGAGAUCGUGCCUUAUUUUGGCCUUACUAGAUUUCACCAAGCCUUUUGAACUACAGUGUGAUGCAUCAGGACAAGGUGUUGGUGCGGUCGUUAUGAAAGACAAGCAUCCUAUUGUUUUUGAAAGUAGAAAAUUGAGAGGAGAUAAAAGAUUAUAUUCCACAUAUGAUAAAGAGAUGCUUGCCAUAAUGCAUGCUCUUGCAAAGUUUAGGCAGUACCUUAUGGGGAGUAAGUUUGUUGUUAAGACUGAUCCCAACAAUCUUAAGCACUUCAUGCAUCAGAGGGACUUGAAUGAGAGACAACAGAAAUGGGUGAGUUUGAAAGUAGAGGACGGACUUGAAGGUGCCCUCAAUUUUACAUCAUGGAAGGUCUGUGUCCUCCUUGCUCUUGAAGAAUUAGAGCUGUUACAGUUUGUGGAAGACAAGGAUCUAACUGAGCCUUCAGAUCCGGAUGAGUUAAAGCAAUUCAAGAAGAAUGCUCUCAAGGCAAAGAAGUUCCUUAUUGAUUCCGUGAAGGAUCACCUUGUUCCAGUUAUCGCCAAAUUGAAGAUAGCCCGAGAGAUGUUUAAACAUCUAGAAGGCAUGUAUGAGAUCAACAACAUCAGCCAGGCACUUACGUUGAGGCAACAACUUCUUCAAGUGAAUAUGAGCAAAGGAGAUUCAAUCAUGUCUUCUUCGUAA